AUGGCACUGUCUUUGUUUGAAGAGCAGAACAGUAUUUUUGAUAUUGUAAUUGCUUGCAUUCCCAUGCCAGAAAUGAGCAUCUCUGAGUUUGCACAGAAACUUCAUGGUCACCGUACGACAGUUCCAAUAAUGUUGAUUGCUAAAGAUUUGCCAAUGAAUUCGAUGCUGGAGGCUCUGAAUAAUGGGGUGUGCUAUGUCCUCCCAAAGCCACCCAGUCAAUCUGAUAUUGCAGCUUUGUGGCAGCAUAUCCCUCGAGUGACGGGACAAAUGCCUGCUUCUUUAGACAUGACUAGCAUUAAAUUAGAGGAGUUGGGCACUCCUGGCAGUGAGAGCGGUAGGGGUGGUUCUGCAAGAAAUCAAGGAGGGAUGGAUUUAAAAAUGAAAGCGAUAGUUACGGAAGAAGGCCAUGCAAAAAGAAAAAAGGUUCAGACUGCAAACACUUCUGGUUCUUCAACUGACUUUGAGGGGGAGGAUGGUCACCACUCUAAGAAGAGAAACAUCACUUGGAAUUUUCAUCUUCACAAGAAGUUUCUGAAUGCAAUAAACAUUCUUGAUGAACAUGAUGUUCGGCCCGAAAAUAUUUUAACAUUGAUGAAUGAGCCUGGCUUGACAUAUCACCAGGUCGCUUUUCAUUUGCAGACAUAUGAAGAACAGAAGAGUCUCUUGUGGAAAGUGCAGAGAACUGCUAGUCCAGUUAUUCCAGCUGUGCUCCCUUCAGCACAGGUAAUCAGUUUCAACCAGGGGAAUACCUCUGUUGCUGCAAGUUCAAACUAUACGGGAGCCCCAAACUUCUUGCCCCAUGGUUUUGACGGUGUAAAACAAGCUCAGGACGCCUUCAACUACCCUGGCAACAGUAGUGCCAGUGGUUACUUCAGCAAUAGCUGGGAGGCUGUUUAUCAGGAACCAGGAGGCUCAAGUCUCGGCUACCCUGGGAACAUCAACCAAUAUGGCGCUCAAGUACCAGAAGGUGGAAUUGGUUACUUCAGCAAUAGUUGGAACGCUUUGAAUCAAGGACUAGGAGUUGCAAGUACCGGUUACCUGAGCAAUGGCUGGCAGGUUCCCAACAUAGAAUCUGCAGGUGCAAGCGGUGAAGUGAUGCCAAUAAAUGGCUACAUGAGCAAUGGAUUGCAGGAUCCAGCCCAAGGAGCAGCCGGUGCAGGGAAGCACUUGAGGAAUAAUUGUGAGGCUCCAAAGCAAGAACCAGAAGGUGAGUUUGGAACUCCACUGUUUGGUUUUGGUAAUGCUGGCAACACGGGUGCCAUGAACAAUGAAAACCACGGAGAAGGCACCAGUGGUUCCGGUCAACAUUUUGGUGAAAUACCCAGCAAUGAAGAUCUUAACCAAAUCAUGCAGGAGUUUGAAGGCUCUGCAGUUAGCUUCUGGGAUAUGGUCAAGUUCUGA